AUGGAAGACUGGCGCCUGGUAGCUGCGACUAGCCUUUAUUAUACGACAGCGUCAUCCCCUGUCGAAUCACUAGGAAAUCCCGACACGUCUUUGAACUCUAUCUCAGUCGCCAGUCUGACCGCUUUCUUCUACGACUACUUCCUUACCUUUGGCGACGAGCAAGCUGUCUGUUGGGAAAAUACUCUUCUUUCUCUCCAAAUACACCGCGUUCAUCGAUAUUCCGCUGAAUAUCCUAAUUCUAUUUGGCAACGGCUUGACACCAGAGGGACUGCCAUAACCGGUGAGAGUGCCAACAGAUCCGGUGAAUUGCAACUGGACAAACUCAUCUCGAUGCUUAAAGCACUCUCUUUCGUUGGUGUGGCCACUGCCGAUGCGAUACUGUUGGUAUCGCUACAUGCCCUCUUGGGGUCAUCGAAAAGGGGAGGGAUCGUUCUAUCGGCACUGUUCGCGCUGGGCUUCAUGACGUCCCUCGGAUUCACGGUGUACUUUAUAAACACAUUACAAGCCGUUCCGCCAUCUUAUCCAGGCUCUAUCUGUGAAUAUUACCACCCUCCUAAGCAACUAGAUGGCCUCCAAGUCUGCUACUAUAUCCUGCUCGCGGGAGAGUUCUGUCCUCACACCAACUCGUCCUUCCAAGGCAUAACCAUCGCCGGACUUGUCCUUGGCUUAAGGGAUUACCGGCACGCACAAAGUCGUUUGAUGAUUAAUCUGUACAAAGAUGGGACACUUUACUUCGUUUCGCUGCUCAUCGCCCCUUACAUAUUCCCGAACGGCUUUGGUCGGAUUUUGACUCCGUGGCAAAGGGCCAUCCACGCCAUACUAGCGAGUCGACUGGUAUUGAAUAUGCGUAGCAAUGCAUGCAACUACGUGGAGACGUUUGUUAUCUCGACGGAACUUCGAUUCGGUGGAAAAUCAGAGUCGGACGCCAGUACUAGUGUGGAGGAAAGGAUAACGCUUGAUACUGAAAUAACGCGCCCGCUCGGAGCGGGCUUAGCAUGA